AAAAAUACAACAAUUCACAAAAUAUGAAUAAAAAAUCUAUAAGAUUAAUAUGUAUGGCAUGAGCAUGAGACAUGCAAAUUACUUGUGUAUUUGUUAUCAAGAACACAAAGCUAAUUAAAGACGACGAGACUAAUUGAAACUCCAAUUAAAAUAGCCUGAAACAAAGGAGAACCACAACUAUCAACCGGAAGACCUUUAAAACAAUUAAACAUGAACGAAAUUACAAAGGUUAGGGAAUCACUAGAAAAACAAAAUAGAGAAAUAGAAAAAAACAAAGAAGAUAGGUUUGAUGAGAUACAGGCGUGCUGACAAUCUUUGAACCAUUUGUAGGUUUCGUUCAGUCGAUCGCUCACAGAACAAAAGAAAAACGAAAGAACAGGAAGAACCGAAGGAGUGGCAAGUGUAUGAGGAAGCUGUGUCCCAACAUAGACAAAGACGAUGGUUUGGAGACGGUUUUGGAAGUUCCGAUACCGGAGGAGAUGUUUUCCGGUAUGGGCAAUAACCCUGCUUUGAGGUGCCAGAACAUGAUGACGUGGAUGAAAGCUCAAACCUCUGAUAAAUGGUCUCAGCCGUUGAUCGCUGCUCGUAUCAACGAGCUUCGUUUUCUUCUCUAUCUCGUUGGUUCACCUCUUAUACCCCUUCAAGUCCAAGUUGGUCACUCCGUUCAUAAGCCUGUCAAAGAUUCUUCCAUCCAAGCUUCGACGGCGAAAUAUAUAGUGCAACAGUACAUAGCGGCGACGGGAGGACCAGCAGCGUUAAACGCUGUGAACAGUAUGUGUGUGACCGGACAAGUGAAGAUGACAGCGUCGGAGUUUCACCAAGGAGAUGAAUCUGUCGGCAAUCUUAAGAGUAAUGACGAGAUGGGUGGUUUUGUGUUGUGGCAGAAGGAUCCAGAUCUCUGGUGUUUGGAGCUCGUUGUCUCUGGCUGUAAAGUCAUAUGUGGAAGUAACGGUCGCCUUUCGUGGCGGCAUUCUUCUAACCAACAAACACCCGCGUCUACCGGUACGCCGAGACCUCUUCGUCGGUUUUUACAGGGUUUAGAUCCUCGAUCAACGGCGAAUUUGUUCCUCGACGCGACGUGCAUCGGAGAGAAGAUAAUUAACGGCGAGGAUUGCUUUAUAUUAAAACUGGAGACAAGUCCAGCGGUUAGAGAGGCUCAAAGCGGUUCAAAUUUUGAGAUCAUUCAUCAUACUAUAUGGGGUUACUUUAGCCAAAGAUCGGGACUGUUGAUUCAGUUUGAGGACUCGCGGCUUCUGAGUAUGCGGACCAAGGAUGGCGACGUUUUCUGGGAGACUAGCGCCGAAUCGGUGAUGGAUGAUUACAGGUACGUGGACAAUGUGAACAUCGCUCACGGCGGAAUAACUUCGGUUACCGUGUUUCGGUACGGUGAAGCAUCGGCGAAUCACAGGAGACAAAUGACGGAGAAGUGGCGGAUCGAAGAAGUUGAUUUUAACGUUUGGGGUCUCUCUGUGGAUCAUUUUCGUCCCCCGGCCAAUUUGAAGAUUGGAAAAUAAUUUUGUCCUUUAGUUGUAUUUAUCAUUCCUUUUGCUCCAAUUUUGUUAUUUUUCGUUAGUUUUUUUCUUAAUAUAUCAACUAAGUCGGUGA